AUGAUGCGCGGGACGUACGGCACGGUGGAAGAUGAGGACGAGGACGAUGUGGAGCGGCAACGACACCUCUCGUCAGAAUGGAACUUUGUCCCGAGGAGAGAGUUCUCAUCGCAAAGACGCGGAAGCAACAAUGCGAGCGGAAACAGAAACACCAUCGCGACGCGCGUGGCGAUGCUUUCUGUCGCCGCCGUGGCCUCGCUCGCGGUCGUCCAAAAGACGAGCGAAAGAACUUUGCUCGUGAACGACGACGGUGCUUCUGCGGCGUCGGCAUCAUCAUCUUCGUUGGGGCCGCGGAGGAGGACUUCCAACUCGGGAGAAAUUUUGGGAUUUACACCUUCGAAAACUUUACAACAACGCGGGGGUGGUAAAGAUGAGGAGGAUGAAUACGACGACGAAAAACCAUCAUCGUCCUCGCUUUUGAACAACAACAACAACAACAAAAAGGAGGAGGAGGACGACGAUCGAUCCUCCUGGUUUUUGGAAAAGAUGAUGCCGAGAUUUGACUGGAAAAAGCACCACUCUCACAAAAGCGCUUUUCCUCUAGACGAAGAUGAAGAAGAAGAAGAAAACGAACGGAUGAGAAGCGGCGACGGCGCGUCUUCCUCCUCGUCCUCGUCUUCUGUUUUACCAAGGCUCGGGGGGUCGAACGACGAUAAGAAAAAGAAGAAGAAGAAAUCCAAUCCUCCCGCUGAAAAGGGCGAGACGGCGUCGCUCGGCGGGAACAAAAGUAACAAAUUGGAAGACGAUAUCGGCUUCGAUUCGUUGUUGAAGAACCCGCCGAAGAAGAAGAAAGUGGAGAAACCGAAGCCGAAAGUUGUCGAAAAGAAACCGACGAAGGAGGAGAAGAAGGAGAAGAAGAAGAAGAACAAUAACGACGACGACAAAGACUCGUCUGAAUCGCCUUCGAAGAAGAAGGAGGAGGAAGAAACGCAAACUUCUUCUGUUUCGGAAAAACCGAAACCGUACGAUUCUACGGAUAUGUUAUCGAAAGUCCCGAGCUCUACGACGCUCUCGGCGGCGGAUAUCUUAGCGAGGGAAGGUCAAGAUGCGAGUUCUUUACUCGUCGACGAUGCGCCGAACGAUACCGAAGACGCGUUAUCGCAAGAUAUUGGUUUGAGUUUGGACGACGGCGCGGCGACGCCAAGUUCGGGAACGUUAGCGGCGGCGGAGACUGCGACCACGGCUCAACAGCCGACGCCGACGAUGUUCGUGCCGCAACAGCAGGAACAACCGACGACGACGACAAUCGCGUCUUCUUCAACAACUUUCCCAACGCCCCAGGCGCCCAUCAUCACCUCCUCUUCGUUCUCUAACGGUGUCGUGCCACCGCGACCGCCGAUGGUUGUUGAUUCUAGCAGUACAGCGACGACGACGGAGGAAACGUCUACCGCGUCUUCUGGACCGGAUUUAUCGAGCAUGGAUGCGUUGCCAGAUGAAGACGUCAACCUCGACGUCGACGAUCCAUCCGGUCGAAUUUCUUCUUCUUCUCAGGAAGAAGAAGAAGAAGAAGAAGAAGAUCGCGCGAGAGGCCACGUUGACGAUGAAGAGGAUAUAGUCGUACCGGACGAUGAUGGUGAUACUACUGAAAACGAGCAAGCGGAAACUGGUGAAUCGGAAGAAGAUCCGGCGCCAGCUGAACAACAAACUGUUGAGCAGUCGCAGCGAGAAGUUGCCGCCGAUGCAGAUGAACAACAGCAACAGCAGCAGCAAAUUGAAGUGCAACAACAACAGUUGCAGCAACAACAAAUACAGCAGCAGCAACAGCAGCAACAACAACAAGAACAGCAGUAUUAUCAACCGCAACAGCAGCAACCGAUUAACUUUCAACCGAAAAUCAUCAUUCCAAAGCAAAAGUCUUCCAGACGAAGGAGCAGCGGUAGCAGUCAGCAAGCCUUGGGCGUUUCUCAAGAAGAUCUCGAAGAGAAGUUGGAAGAAGCUUCGGCGAGUGCGGUCGGGAACGUCGUGGACGCGUUUGUCGGGAAACUCGACAACGCGGCCAACGCCGCCCGGGCUGGGCCAAAAGCCAUCGAACGCUCGUUAUCGCCGAUGGAUCGAUUAACCGAAUCUAUCGCUCGUAUUUUAAACGAUAAAGAAGAGGAAAACAACAAAGAGAGAAGGUCUUCGCGAAGAAGAUACGACGACGAGGACGAGGACGAUUACGAAUACGACGAAAGAGAUCGGAGACGAAGAAGAGACGACCGACGACGCGACGAAUACGACGAAGAACGCGAUUAUCGAAGAAGCGACAACGCGAGGCAGUCUUUAGGUGAACCAAUGAGCACGGAGGAUAAACUGAACCAGAAAAUGCGCGACUUGGGUGUCGAGGACGCCAUCGCCGAGAAGCAGCGACGUGAAGACGACGCUCGAAUGGGCGAGAUGAUUAAGCAAAAGUUAAGUCUGAUGGAUCCCGAUAUCGUCGAAGAUAAACCGUACUUGGAACCGACGCAGCUCGAGAUGAACCAAAUUGUCGAGAGAACGCUGAAGAAGUUGGGCAUCGAAGACAUCGCCAAGAGAGAAAAGGAUACAAAGAUGGAAGAAAAACUCGAGCAAAUCAUCGCGGAGAAAUUCGAUAAGAUGGGUUUGAACAACGACGACGAUGAUGACGAGGAAGAUAACUUAGCGCCGUUUCGAAAGGGAAAGAAGGCGAGUCGUAUCGAGAAGCGGGUGCAAAAGGCUGUCGCGGGUAUCGAAAACAAGUUGUACGCGAACACGUUCGGCCAGCUCAACGGAAACCAACAGAUGCAACCGCAAAUGGGCGUUCCCAUGAUGCAACAACCGUACGGUUAUCAACCACAGCCAGUCUUGUACGACCAAUUCGGUCGACCAGUCGUGACUGCGCCGCAACCUGUCGUGCAGCAGCAACCGCAAGAGAUUGCCGGUCACACGGAAAAGGACCGCGCGGAGGACGCCAUCGAACGCAUGGAGGCUUUGUUUGAAAGCAAGAUGAAGGAAAAGGAUCAACCUUCUCGAUCGUCAUCUUCAGCUUACGCGCGCGCUUCCUCGGCUCGUGGCGACGAUGAUAUGCCCGAGAAUCUUGAUGAUCUUUCUCUUAAUGAUGACGCCGAUAUUUUAUCCACCAGACGAGACACCGGCGGCGCGGACCAAGAGCCUGAUUUGGAGGCGUUGAGAAAGGAAGUCGCGCAAGUUGUCGCUCAGUCUAUCGAAGAGAAGAAAGCGGCUGCGCAGAAACAAGUGUUGACGGCUGAGCAGCAACUGAAGGAAAAACUUGACUCUUGGAAAACGAACGAGGCGACGAAGGACAUGGAUGCGGAUUUCCAAGCUAUGCAGCAAAUGGAAACGCAACCAAGCGCUUCUACUUCUUCGUUAACGACGGACGUACAAAGCGCGGCGGAAAAGGUCAAGGCGAUGUUGCUCGGUGGUAACGGUGCAGACUUGACGUCUUCGUCUGUGUCCGCGGUACCAGAAGCGGCGGCUACUGACGUCGACCCGGUCGCGGCUGCUGCCAUACCGCAGCAACAACAACCGGCGCCGCAGCAAGUACCUCAACCUGUCGCAACCUUUAUCGAUCCUGCGACCGGUCAGCCAGUAAUGACUACUCAGCCAGCCGAUAUCGCCGUUCCAUCGAGUGCCACUGCCGCCGUCGUAGCUCCAACAACCGAAGAACCCGUCGUGGAAGCCGCCGUUCCGACUGGUGAAGUCGUCGAGGAGAAACCGGCCAAGAAGGAGAAAAAGCCGAAGAAACUCUCUGACAUGGACAUCAUCAUGGGAGGCUUGAGCAACGACGACGACGACGAUGACGACAACAACUCUUCCAAAAAGUCCAAGAAAUCUUCCAAGAAAGCAAAGAAAGACCCGUGGGGCGACGACAUCAAACCUUCCAAAGCCGAGAAAGAGGACGAAGAGGACGACUCGAGCGCGACGGCGGUUGCCGCCAAAGACGACUCGGUCUUGGACAACAUCGGAGGCGAAGACGACGUCGACUCCAUCUUAGCCGACUACGAAGCCGCUAAAUAA